GGGCCUUUUCACAUUCUGCCAGAACAACGUUAGUAGGACAAGAUGGCAAAAGAAUGCAUGGAUGACGUUUCAUUCAACAGAUUACUCAGCGACAUUAAUCAGCAAACUUCAUCCUUGGAUAAGAAAGUUGAAACUUUAUACAGUUCAAGAGGAUUUUUCAGUGCUGAUCAGGCGGCCACACUACUAUAUGCCUAUGGAAGCCCUUCUGAUAAAAUCAAGGCAGUUAGAGUCUUGGAGCCUAGAUUAUGUCGAAUGACAUGUAAGGAUGCAAGAGGGAUAAUUGGAGCUGUCAGUGUUCACAAUGACAAAUUAAUCGUCUUGGAUUGUAUAAAAAGGUGUCUCUGUGACUACCAGACGACCUUGGGGCAGGAAUAUAUCCUUAGUGCCUUUCCUUUCGAACAUGACAAACAAAGAGCCAUGCAGAUUUUGCAGACUGUUGGCUCUUCUGUGGCCAGUAAGGUAGCGGCUGGUGGUCACCAAGGUUAUGCUGCCCUUGGAGGUCUCUACACACAAGCUCGUCCCAUGGUUCCACAUCUGUAUGGACCUUUGCCCAUGCAGGCUGAACUUAUACCUGGUUAUGGUAAGAUUGAGAUUCCACCUGAGGCCCAGCCUGGCGUAGUACCGUCUGUUUAUACAGGUCAUCCAUCAUACGCCUACCCACCUGAUAAAAGUUAUGCUGAAGAUAGAGGUUACCCAGGCAACAGCUCCUUUUCCAACGGGCCCGCAACUCACAACUACCCUGCUGGAGCCCCUCCUCUGGGUCACCACAGCGGAGCACCAUACUCAACAGGAUUUCCACAGCUUGAAGCUUAACUUAUCAAAUAUGAUAAUAAACAAUGGUACCAGGAUGUGAUUUUGAUG